GCUCAGAAUCUGCAUAUCAUGGUCACAACCUACUCGUGGAGGCUCCACUCUGUCCCUGGCUUGGCACAAACUUGAAGCCCCCUUCCCAAACGGUAUAUUCUCUUGUCUCUGCUCUGCUUACUGCCACCUCUCUAAGAAUCUGUGUUCUUUAAGGUGGGGAAAGGGAUCUCAAAAUACUCACAGCUAUUAAUAGCCCAGCCAGCCUCAGACAGUCCAUUGAAAGCUGGCAUGAGUGCCUCAAAGCAGAAAAGCUUUCAGGCUUUUAGAGUGGAACAAUCCCCCUACCCAAGAUAGGGCGGGACUGAUCCAGGACAGGGACCUCCAUGUUACCGCGGUUGGUUAGCCCCUCACAGGGAGCUCCUGUCAAGCUGAGUUGUUGUCACUGGGGUCACCCAGGGCCCCCCACAGGCACAAGGAGUUCCUUUGACAGCUGUGCCUGGUAUGCUGCCAGGACUUAAGCCAGAAAGCCCCUGCCCGGAUGGCAACAGUAGUUCUAGGAGGAGACACCAUGGGCCCUGAGCGUAUCUUCCCCAAUCAGACUGAGGAACUGGGACAUCAGGGCCCUUCAGAAGGCACUGGGGAUUGGAGCAGUGAGGAGCCUGAGGAAGAGCAGGAGGAAACGGGGUCGGGCCCAGCUGGCUACUCCUACCAGCCCCUGAACCAAGAUCCUGAACAAGAGGAGGUGGAACUGGCACCAGUGGGGGAUGGAGAUGUAGUUGCUGACAUCCAGGAUCGAAUCCAGGCCCUGGGGCUUCAUUUGCCAGACCCACCAUUAGAGAGUGAAGAUGAAGAUGAAGAGGGAGCUACAGCGUUGAACAACCACAGCUCUAUUCCCAUGGACCCAGAACAUGUAGAGCUGGUGAAAAGGACAAUGGCUGGAGUAAGCCUGCCUGCGCCAGGGGUUCCUGCCUGGGCUCGGGAGAUAUCGGAUGCCCAGUGGGAAGAUGUGGUACAGAAAGCCCUCCAAGCCCGGCAGGCAUCCCCUGCCUGGAAGUGACCACAGUGAGAGCUGCCUUAUCUUCCUACAUUCCAGGCCAGAACCAGCACAGGACUGAACACAUCCCUGGUUGUAAUGUCCAUUUCCAUCUUCCCCGUCUCCCUUUCCACAUCAAGGCACAUCAGACUUCUCAGAGACCCACUUUAUUCAGUUCUGUACAUAUGGGGACAUCGGUCCAAGCCCAACCCACCUUAGCAUGUAUCACUCUGUGGAGAAUAAAGCACCCUAUGUACACAGCCAAAA